CCGGGAACAGAACCACUGCAGGGCCAGACUGCUUCUGCAUGAUGCUCCGUCUUGCACCAGCCUAUCACGGCCAUGAAACCCGUCCCCAUUUACCAGGGAAGGAAGGGUCGAGUUUUUGACGGUUCCAUUGCUGCUUCCCGAGAGACGAGAGAGACAGAGCCCUUCCUUCCUUAGGCUUGGUGUGGCCCAGUCUCUCACUGCCUCUACUAGUACUUACAUGAAUGUGCCCCCAUCUCGACGACUUCAUCUUUUUGAUCUUCCCUCACACACCUCUUCGUUCGUCCUUGUUGUCGUCGCUGCUAUCCUAGAGAAUCGUCCUUUUAUCGAUACUCGUUCCGUUCUUUAACAACAACAACAGUCGUUUAUACUCUGAUCCUAGUUUUAUCUAGCAUUCACUCACUCACUCGCUCGCUCGCUUACCGCUCAACGCAAAACCGCCUUCUCCACCGUCAUCGGUAUACCCUGUUGUGGCUUUCCUCCCUGUCAGCCAGAUCGGACUCGUAUAAGCCAACCCAGCUCAACUUCAACUUCGUUCGAAUUCCAGCCUUUUUGCUCGUUUGACAAGAUGCUUUUCCGAACCAUCGCCUCUGUCGCUUUCCUGGCUUGUGCCAGCAACGUUGCUGCCGAGCCCCAGCCUUACAAGCUGGUCAAGGCACCCGUUGAGGGUCUCAGCCUCGCUCGCCGUUCUACUCCCGGAUACCAGCCUGAUCAGUCAGUCUGCGGUGGCGGCGGUGACACUUGCGCUGAGGCUUGUGGUGCUGGUUACGAGUCUUGCCCUUCCGAGGAUGACUCUACCCACUGUUUCAACCCUACCGUUAAGCAGUCUUGCUGCUUUGACGGCACUGGAAACUCUUGCGAUGCGGGUUACUACUGCUCUCAUGACACCAAGGCCCAGACCUGGUGCUGCCCUGAAUCUAUGGAUCUUGCUCAGUGUGCCAAGGCGUAUGGCGUUAAGGACGGCCUCAAGACCGAGAAGCUCAUGACCUCCACCGCUGCUCCCACCGUUGCUACUACCACUGCUGCUCCUACCACCACCUCUGCCCUGGAGACCACCUCGACAACCGUCUACAUCAUCAGCACCUCUCUUGCCAGCACGGAGCCUGCAACCACCACCAAGUCGGUUGUCGCUAAGACCACGACCAAGGCUGCUAAGACCACCAUUGUUGCCCCUAGCUCUGGCUACAGCACGGCUUGGAGUGGUUCCAACAGCACCAUCGCCACUGCCGCGCCUACUCAGCCAUCUGAGUCCGCUCCUGGCUCUGCCGAGCCUUCCACCAUUAGCAGUGGUGCUUCCCUCACUGGCGUCAGUGCCAUGCUCCUCGCUGCUGCUGGCUUCUUCGCCCUUCUCUAAGUCACAAACUUCCCCGUGGAAACACUGGUUUUCGCGAGAUACCACCCAAAAUGACGCUCAUGCGUCGUCGCGAAUAAUGACUCAAUGAUGAAGAAAGCAACGAAAGGCUUUAUGCGUGGAACACGCCAAGUAAGAGGUGGAUUGAAAACAAAACACGUGGUGCAAUGUCGAGCUACAUUAUUCUUCUGAUGAAAUACCCCUUUUUCGAUAUCCCCAUUCUGUUUACGUCUUCAACUGGAGUUGAUCGGCUUGGUGUUUUUGGUUGGUUAGGAAAAGAGCAUGAGGAGGACGAGUUGAAACGAAAUGAGAAACGCUCAGCGCUUGGAACAUACAUUCUUACGAUCGGUAUACGGUUUUCGUAUACCUUGUUACACCUAAAACUUACUUGCUAUUCGUCACGUUGCGAGAGCUUAGUCUCCGCCUCGUAUACUUGACAUUAAUAAUUGCCCUGGUAGACAAUUUUACUCGACAUUGCACACAAUUCAACCAAGACAUUCUAUACAAUGAUGAGAAACAGUGACG